AUGUUGGGCAGGUCACUUGCUCACCGUAGCUCCGAUUGCAGUGUUCCCGAAUCCCAAACCAUGAACCACUCCAGAUGGACUGAAUGGAGGACUCUGAACAUGAGCAGUAGCAUUGUGAAUGUGUCUGAGCAUCUCUCUUGUCCGCUAGGAUUUGGCCACUACAAUGCAGUCGACAUCUGCAUCCUUGAGACAGUCAUUAUUGUUUUGCUAACAUUUUUAAUUAUUGCUGGUAAUUUAACUGUAAUAUUUGUCUUUCACUGUGCUCCGCUCUUACAUCAUUAUACCACCAGCUAUUUUAUUCAGACCAUGGCCUAUGCUGAUCUUUUUGUUGGAGUUAGCUGCCUGGUUCCUACAUUAUCAUUGCUUCACUACUCUACGGGUGUCCAUGAGUCCUUGACUUGUCAGGUUUUUGGAUAUAUCAUCUCUGUGCUGAAGAGUGUCUCCAUGGCAUGUCUUGCUUGCAUCAGUGUUGACCGCUAUCUUGCUAUUACAAAACCUCUCUCCUAUAAUCAACUGGUCACGCCUUGUCGCUUGAGAAUCUGUAUCAUUUUGAUCUGGAUAUACUCUUGUAUGAUCUUCUUGCCUUCCUUUUUUGGUUGGGGGAAACCUGGUUACCAUGGUGAUAUUUUUGAAUGGUGUGCUAUCUCCUGGCUCACCAAUGCUUAUUUUACUGGCUUUAUUGUGUGCUUACUGUAUGCUCCAGCUGCUUUGGUAAUCUGCUUCACAUAUUUCCACAUCUUCAAAAUUUGCCGGCAGCACACCAAAGAGAUAAAUGACCGGAGAGCUCGUUUUCCUAGCCAUGAAGUGGAUGCUGCUGGAGAGACUGGGCACAGCCCUGACCGCCGCUAUGCCAUGGUUUUAUUUCGGAUAACCAGUGUGUUUUACAUGCUUUGGCUCCCCUAUAUCAUAUACUUUCUGCUGGAGAGCUCUAGGGUGCUGGAUAAUCCAGCACUUUCCUUCUUAACAACAUGGCUUGCUAUAAGCAAUAGUUUCUGCAACUGUGUGAUAUAUAGCCUCUCCAACAGUGUUUUCAGGCUGGGACUCCGGAGACUGUCAGAGACAAUAUGUUCAUCUUGUAUGUGUUUAAAAGACAAGGAUGUACGGGACCCCAAACCUAGAAAACGGGCUAAUUCCUGCUCCAUUUAA